AUGCACCUUUACCUAGAAGAUUCUUUUAUGAGAGAUCUUGAACAAGGUCUGAAUGCUAAAGGAGUUAUUCUUUAUGCCUUUGAAAUGUUCCGUCUCAAGUCCUGUGUGGAUUUCAAGCCCUACAAUGGAGAAGAAACUUACAUCAUAUUUCAGGAGUUUGAUGGGUGCUGGUCUGAGGUUGGAGAUAAACAUACAGGGCAGAACCUUUCCAUUGGUUCAGGAUGUGACUACAAAGCUAUUGUUGAACAUGAAAUACUGCAUGCAUUGGGGUUUUAUCAUGAACAGUCAAGGUCGGAUCGGGAUGAUUAUGUGAAUAUUUGGUGGGAUGAAAUUAUUCCAGGUUAUGAGCACAACUUCAAUACUUACAACGACAGUUACAUAACUGACCUCAACACUCCCUAUGACUAUGAAUCUCUGAUGCACUAUGAGCCAUUCUCCUUUAACAAAAAUGCAAGUGCACCCACCAUCACAGCCAAGAUCCCUGCAUUUGAUGAUAUCAUUGGGCAGCGUCUCGAUUUCAGCACUGUUGACAUAGAGAGGCUUAAUCGCAUGUACAAUUGCACGGCAACUCACACUCUUCUGGACCAGUGUUCUUUUGAGAAGCAAAACAUUUGUGGUAUGAUCCAGGGCACCAGAGAUGAUGAAGACUGGAUUCAUAAGAGAGGAGAUAGUCCUGGACAAGAAGAUCAUACUUUGGUUGGAAAAUGCAAAGAGACAGGUUACUUCAUGUAUUUUAACACCAGUUCUGGGAUGAAAGAAGAAGCUGCUCUCCUGGAGUCAAGGAUUCUUUACCCCAAAAGGAAGCAGCAGUGUCUCCAAUUUUACUACAAGAUGACAGGAAGCCCCUCAGACAGACUUGUUGUUUGGGUCAAGAGAGAUGACAGCACUGGCAAUGUCCGCAAGUUGGUGAAGAUACAAACAUUUCAUGAUGAUGAUAAUGACCAUGGCUGGAAAAUUGGCCAAGUGACCCUCAGAGAAGAAGUUAAAUUCCGCUACCUCUUUCAAGGUUCAAAGGGAGACCCCCAGAAUUCUGCUGGGGGGAUUUUCUUGGAUGACAUUACUCUGACUGAGACUCCCUGUCCCAGAGGGGUCUGGAUGGUUCGAAACUUUUCUCAGGUCCUUCAGGACACACCAAAAGGUCAAGGGCUCGAUAGCCCUCGAUUCUACAGCUUAGAGGGAUAUGGUUAUGGAGUGACCUUAUACCCAAAUGGCAGAUACACUUCCACUGUCUCUGGCUAUGUUGGACUUACUUUUCAUCUCUUCAGUGGGGAGAAUGACGCCAUCUUGGAGUGGCCAGUGGAAAAUAGACAGGCCAUCAUGACAAUGGUUGACAAUGAUCCUGAUGUCAAGAAGAGAAUGUCAUCAAGCAUGGUGUUUACCACCUCCAAGAACCAUCUAUCUUCAGCCCUAAAUAAUUCUAUCUGGGACAGACCAUCCAUUGUGGGGACUUAUGACCGCACCUGUGAAUGUUACAGAAGCAUAGACUGGGGCUGGAGUACCGUCAUUUCUCAUCAGCAACUACAAAAGCGGAAUUUCAUUAAAGAUGACACACUGGUCAUUUUUGUGGACUUUGAAGAUAUUACCUACCUUAACCGGACUGAAGUUCCUGUUCCUAGUGUGAGGCAGAGGCCCUCAGGUCUGAUUCUCCAGAAUCCAGAGCAUUACACACCACAGGAGGAUUCCAAGACAAUGCCAUUAGAAGAAACCCAACCUGGCAGCCUGGAUGCUAGACCUGGGCGGCAGAAGCGGUCUGUAGAGAACACGGGCCCCCUGGAGGAUCACAACUGGCCACAGUACUUUAGAGACCCAUGUGAACCAAACCCUUGUCAGAAUGAAGGAAUCUGUGUGAACGUGAAAGGAAUGGCAAGCUGCAGGUGCGCCUCCAGUCAUGCCUUCUACUACACUGGAGAACGAUGUCAGGCUAUGCAAGUCCAUGGAAGCAUCCUGGGAAUGAUGAUUGGAGGAAUUGCUGGGACUAUUGUGUUGACUAUUGCCAUCAUCUCCAUAAUGUCCAAAAGGCUGACACCAGGAACAAACUAUUGAAGUCUCUGAAGUAGUUCCCCUACAACCACUUUUUCCUCUUCCCUUCAAUGUAUCCAUUGAAGGUCACUUCUUACCACCUUCAUUUUAAACUUGCAUUCUCUGAAGUGACCACCUCUCUUUCUGGUUAAUGCCCUAAUUUAGGUCUGGCAUUAAAUGAUUUAGAAACGUUUUGACUCCUAAAGAUAAAAGUUACGAGAUGAAGCCCAUUGGAUGAAUUCAGCUAUGAAAUGUAAAAUCUCUUAUGUCUCUCUUAGCAGUAGGCAGAAAGGAAGAUCUGGACUGUAAACAUAACAGUAAGAAUAGCUGACAUUUAUAUAAUGCUUUAAGAUUUGCAAAGAACUUUUGCAUAUGUUAUCUCACUUGAUCCCCACAUCCCCACCCUGCAAGAUAGGUACUAUUAUAUUCCCUAUUUAAAGACGAGGAAACUGAGACAGAGUUUAAAUGACUCAUCCAGAAUCACAUAGCCAGUCAGAGUUUGAAGCCAAAUUUGAACUCUGGUCCAAACCCAAUACCAUAUCCACUAUACCAUUUAGUUGGUCCUACCUCUUAAAGGGAUCUUUUAGCAGGAAAAUUUCAAAAAUAAUAAAAUUUUAUUGAUUUUUAAAUGUUUUACAUUGCCUUUAUUUUCUCCUCACAAAGUCGAUGCUACACCUAUUUCUGUCUCCAUUUUGAAGAUGAGAGAAUUGAGGCUCACAGAUGUAAUUAAUUUAUUGAGGUAACACAGUUUUCAAUUAGUCAACAGUCAUUUGUAAAGUGCCUACUAUGUGCCAGGCCAGGUAUUAAGUGUUCAGGAUACAAUUACAGGGAAUGAAAUAAUCCCUACUCUUAAAGAGUUUACAGUAGAUCUGAGAAGACAGCAUGUAUAUAUACACUAUGAAAUAUAAAAAUAAAUAUAGAAUAUAUAUAAAUAUAAAAAUGGAUAAAUGCAAAUAAAAACAUACUUAAAUGAGAAAUAAAAUGAUGGCCACAUAAUGGUCUGUGUGUCAACAAUGGGUCUUGAACUCCAGUCUUCUUUACCCCAAGGCCAGUCCUCUAUGUACUAUACAUUAUGUUUCUCAUCUAUGGUCAAUAUUGAUAUGAAGACAUAUAUAUGUAUGCAUUACAGCUCUGCCUCCAAUACCUGCUUUCUCCACCAUAUUUAUUGCCUUCUCUCUCACAUCUAAAAAUGGUCCAAGGUUUCACAAUAUUCUAAGAAUGAUUUGAACUCAGGAAGAUGAAUCAUCCUGAUUGCAAACCUGGCACUCUAUCUACUGCAUCACUUAACUGCCCUAAUAAAGGUUUAUUAAUUAAC